AUGUCUCUUUUGCUCAUUUCCUUCCUCACAAUCCUGCUUCUUGCCAUUGUGUUGUCAUGCAUCAUAUUCCGAUGGCUAGUCAACACCCUGGCAGUGCGACUCGCCCAGACAGCGCUGAAUGCAGACUUGAAGAUCAAAUCAGUGGGACUGUUCUCCAUCCGAGGAGUCAGUAUCCAAUUUCACCCGCUGCACACUGUGGAAAUUGACCGAAUAUGGAUUUCAAGCAAACUUCUGAACAAAGAUUUACCGAGAUACCUUGCAUUGUGUGUGGGCGAAACGAGAGUUCGCUUUGACUUGCAAGUACCUCUUGGAGCACUGACAAAGAGGACAAGCCAUGGGGAGAAAACAGAGAAAAUUUCCACUAGAGCCACAAGACUUCGCUUCCUAUCCCAAUUGCUAUCAUUCCACAUCAGCUCAGUCAACGUGAUGGUCCUGAACAUGGCGCUGUCCGAGUCAUUGUGGCACAUGAACGUUACGUGCAUCACGUUGCUGCUGGAUCACCACAAUAAGAGGCUAGCGUGGGACUUCUCGGUGGGACAACUAAGCAGCAAAGUUCUAAAAAGCAGCCAGCUGGACAUUUGUCUGGCCGAGGUGGCAUUCAGCCUGGUAUUGUCGGGCGACGUGAGCCUCCCUGAGAUGAAGCCUGGCUCCUUGUCGCUGCGUGUCAGGACGCUGAUGGCCGAGCUGCACGAGGGCCUCUUCCUCUACCCCAUCCCGGUGACAUCAAGGACAACUCAAGAUCUGCCUGAUGAGCAAAUGCAAGAUUGCCUGGACCCCGAAUUCAUUCAAACAGAAGCCGUGGAGAAGCUGCAUGAGCUCGUUCCGUGCAAUGCCAAUGUGGAGUUUGACAACACAAAUGUGACUUUGUCAAUGCACAGCCAGAAAAGACAUUUGAACUGGACGCUGAAGUCUUUAAAAGUUUGCUACGCUCGAGACAGUGAACAGCUUCCAUUGAAGAGUUUCACCCCCGAGCUGAGCUUUCCCCAGAGCGGCCUGGAGCUCCUUCUGGAGGAUGGACUUCUUCUGUCACAAAGCCGGCAAAGAAUUGUCUGUGUAAACACGCUCAAGACAUCUUUGCAGGUCACAUCCAUGGACAUAUCUGGUUCCCUUGCCAUCAAUACUUGCAUCGUCCACUAUCGGCACCAGGAGUUCUCCCACUGGUUCAAUUUGCUGCCAUGGGGACAGUUGAUGCACAGGAAGGCAUCACGUCGAAAAAGGCGCUUACCCCACCUGAAUGCACCUGUGAUGAUGAUGUGCUCAGUGUCCAACCUUAAUGUGUCGGUGCAGCUUGGAGACACCACGCCUUUCACCCUCGGCUUCCUCUCCGCCAACGCCGAACUGCAGCAUCUUCUGGACUUAAAGAUGACUCAAAACAGCCCAGAGUCUCGAAACGUACACCAGCGGGCCUCGUUAAACCUCGACAGCUUCUGGUGGCGAGUGGGCCAGGGCUCUCAUAUCCAGCAAGCCCCUCACCCUCCUGGCAAACACGUUUGGGGUGAAGCGCUCAUUCUAGACUCCCUCAGUCUUCAGGGGAGUUGUAAUCGAGCCAGUAGCGAGUUGAAUGGCAGCCCUCCGUCUCUGAGUGUGGAGUCCAGUCUAAAGGGACUCCAAGUGGAGCUGUCGGAGGCCUGUGCACUGUGUUUGUCUCGUCUUCUUACUGUCAUUUACAAUCUGGGUCAAGUGAAGCUGUCAGAUGAUCCCACACUGCCUCCCCCUACUUCCACCUUGCUGCAACCCACCUCAACCGUGCCUCUGCUUUACAAAUUGGACAUCCACUUGCAGGAUGUUAAUGUUUUUACAGUUUCUAACUUAGCAGGAGCUCUGUCUUUGCGGAUGGAUACAGUUGGAGUAAUGUGCUCGGCCGAGAGCUCCCGGGUGUCGUUGCAGGGCGUUUGCUUGUAUGCCAUCAAGAUGCUCACGGAGAACACAGAGACGUGCUGCCCUGCCUCUCAGAUUGCCAAGCCCCUAGUCAGGCUUACUGCUAUGGUGCUUUGUUACUACAGCAGCACCAACACGCUGCAGGUUCAGUGUGAAAAUGAUCUGGCUGUGAUAUGGACGCCCCCAGAUCAUAUGUUUUCAUAUCAGCACAUGACAGAAGCGCUGGAGUGCUGGCAUCUUCUCUGCAGCAAACGAAGAGAAGGGUGCAUGAUUGGACCGGUUGAAGGUGAUCAAAAAAGCUUGAGUCUGCUGUUGGAACUGGGCGGCACUAGCGUAACGGUUCACGUAGGGGAGCACAAUUAUAUCCUCCUCCAUGCCGAAGCGCUUUCCCUCUCCAAGCACGCCGGCUCAGUCCAUGCGCGCUCGCCCUCCCUGGCAUUCAAUUUCGACGGCCAUGAUAUCAUCUCCUUUAAUGGUUUGGACUUGGAGACACAUAAUGAGCUGCCGGAGAUGCAGUUGCACAGGAACAGCUUCCCCUCUUUCACCAUGCCUCACAACCGUGUCUGGGUUUUCACCUGCCCGCUCCUCUCUGUGGAGUUCCCGUACCUGUACAACUUCUCCGAAACCUUUGACAGAGCUAUUAGCGUGCAAAAAUGGUUGAAGACCCUGCAUCUCCUGCCUGGCCCACUCUUGUCUGUCGAGCAGCGCCCACCGCCGGAUCUUGUUUUCAAAAUCAGCCAGUUCUCCUUCAUCUUCCUGGACGACGUGUUUGAGAUCAAACUGCGAGACAACUAUGAGCUGAUGAAGGACGAAAGCAAGGAGAGCGCUAAGCGUCUGCAGCUACUAGACAAGAAGGUGGCUGACCUACGUAAGCAGCACGGUGAGCUUCUCCCCGCCAGGAAGAUUGAAGAACUGUACAGCUCACUGGAGAAGAAACAUAUCGAGAUCUACAUCCAGCGCUCGCGACGCCUCUACGCCAACACCCCAAUGAGAAAGUCGCUGCUGACGUGGACCAUGUCUGAACUAGAGCUGGUUGUCCUGGCUGAUCAAUCGCUUCACGGACCUGAGCGGGUCAGAGAGCAGCUGAGGGAUAUCGACAAGAUCAGCCCGUUCCCCAGAGAGGGCCUUCCAUUGGUUGUCCAGUGGUGCCGUGCUGUCAACUUCAAACUUGCUUCAUUUUUGGUGAGAAUUCGGGACUACCCGCGCUAUCUUUUCGAGAUCCGCGAUUGGUCAUUGUCAGGACGCCUGAUUGGGACAGAGCAAGAUGGACAAGCAAGGGCACGCCGAAAAGAAACCGUUCUACUUGGUCCGCCGUGGGGGGAUGUGAUGGUACACAGGAAUAUUCCUCCCCUCAAGUUCUACUAUGACUUUAAAUCUAACAUUGGCCUCUAUACCAUUGUUUGGGGGCCGUGUUGGGACCCGGCGUGGACUCAGAUCGGCCAGUCUGUUGACCUGCUCACCAAACAGACGUCUGACCCUUCGCCACUGCUCGCCUGGUGGGACAAAAGUCGCCUAUUGCUACAUGGACACUGGGUAAUGGACAUUGACCAGGCCAAUCUGCAUCAACUUGCCACAGAGGACCCUUACAACACUACAGAGAACUUGCACUGGGAAUGGAGCAAGCUCAACUUUGACUGGAACCCUGGCCAGUUUGUUUUUAAAGGAGAUUUGAAUGUCAACGUCAGGACAGCAUCAAAAUAUGACGACAUCUGCUUUCUGCACCUGCCCAAUUUGUGCAUGACCCUCGACAUGCAGUGGCUCUGCCAUGGCAACCCUCACGAUCACCAUGCCGUCACACUCUGCUCUGCCGAGAACAUUGCGGACGUGACCUCAGGACAGCCUCACGACUCCUACAGAGCAUUCCGCUCGGAGAAUCUCAACCUUUCAAUCACCAUGGACCUUAACCAGCAUAGCGGUCCAGGUGACCAGCCAAGAAUCUUGCUGUACAGCAGUACUUUACGCUGGAUGCAGAAUUUUUGGGCCACUUGGACCAGUGUGUCACGCCCCAUAUGUAGAGGAAAGCUCUUUCACAGCCUCAGGCCGGUCCGUAAGAAGCUGGGUCAACAUUACAAGCAGAUGUCCUACACAGCUGCUUUCCCACAACUACAAGUCCACUAUUGGGCGUCCUUUGCCCAGCAAAGAGGUAUCCAAGUGGAGUGUAAUAAAGGCCAUGUCUUCACUCGAGGGGCUCAGAGACUAAUUCCGCAGGCUGGCACCGUGAUGAGGAGGUUGAUCUCCGAAUGGAAUGUGACUCAGAUGGUGAGUGAACUGUCGCAGGUGACUGUUCACCUGAUGGCCUCCACGUGGGAUGAGACUGCCGACCACCAGAUCAAUGCUCAAGUGAACAAGACCCACCUGCUCAGCUUGUCCUCACUGAGCUACCAGCGUCAGAGCAAUCGCGUGGAAGAGGACAUAAACUCAAAGGACGAGACCAACGCCACGUACACUCACAAGCUGUGCCUGGUGGACCUGCGCGCCUCCUGGACCACCACCAACAGGAACAUUGCAUUCGGGCUGUACGACGGUUACAAAAAGGCCUCAGUUCUGAAGAGAAACCUCUCCACUGAGGCGCUGAAGGGCCUCCGCAUCGACACGCAGCUGCAGGCUAAGAAGCUGAAACGCUCGCCUUCAACAUACUCCCCCACAAUUGCCCCUGCCACACCGGUUAUGCCCACCCUCAGUCGAGCGGAGAAAACUUCUCAUGAGGGAACAUCAAUGCUCCAGAAGUUGAUUGAGGAAACAGACAAGUUUGUGGUGUUUUCUGAAGAGGACUCUGGGGUCAGUGACCAGCUGUGUGGCAUUGCGGCUUGCCAGACUGAUGACAUCUACAACCGCAACUGGUUUAUUGAGUUGGUCAACUGCCAGAUGAUGCUCCGUGGCACAGAGACAGCCGGCUGCGUCCUGGUGUCUGCAGCCAAGGCCCAGCUGCAGCAGUGUGAGCACCAUCCAGCCUGGUACAACGACACUCUGAAGCAAAAGACCACCUGGACCUGUCUCCUGGACGGCAUGCAGUACUUUGCCACCAUGGAGACUGACCCAUCAGAGCAGGAGGACAGGCAGCUUUGGUUGGAGGUGAAAAAUAUCGAGGAGCAUCGACAGCGGAAUCUUGACUCAGUGCUGGAGCUGAUGGAGAGUGGCCAGGCUGUAGGUGGAAUGGUUAGCACCACUACGGACUGGAACCAGCCAGCGCAGGUAAAUGAGGCCCAACAGGUUCAGCGCAUCAUCUCCCGCUGUAGCUGCCGAAUGCACUACAUCAGUUACAGCCAUGACAUCAACCCGGAGCUCGCCACGCAAAUUAAACCGCCCGAAAUGAGGAACCACCACGAGAAGGAAGACCUGCUAAAGAAACAGGCUGGUGCUGUGGACACGUUUACCCUCAUUCACCACGACUUGGAGAUAUCGACCAAUCCAGUUCAGUAUGCCAUGAUCCUGGAUAUUGUGAACAACCUUUUGCUCCACGUGGAGCCCAGACGCAAGGAGCACAGUGAGAAGAAGCAGCGUGUUCGCUUCCAGCUGGAGAUCUCGAGUAACCCUGAGGAGCAGCGCAGCAGCAUUCUGCAUCUCCAGGAAGCUGUCAGGCAACAUUUGGCUCAAAUAAGACGCCUGGAAAAGCAGAUUUACUCCAACAAUCGGACUCAACCAGAAGAUCUAAGCAUUGACGAUCUGAAUGAGAUCAACAUGCAGCUGCAGAACCAGCUCAACCAGGAGAAGAAUGACAUGCAGAUGAAGAGCGAAGAACUCAACAUCCUCAUCAGGUGCUUUAAGGACUUCCAACUGCAGCGGGCCAACAAGCUAGAGUUGCGCAAGCCGCCAGAGGACGUGAGCGUGGCAAGGAGGACUGAGAUCUACUUUGCUCAGGCGCGCUGGUGUCUCACAGAGGAGGACGGACAGCUGGGAAUUGCUGAGCUAGAACUACAGCGGUUCAUGUACAGUAAACUCAACAAGUCUGAUGAUACAGCAGAGCAUCUGCUGGAGUUGGGCUGGUUCACCAUGAACAAUCUUCUGCCCAAUGCAGCUUACAAAGUGGUGCUUCGUCCUCAGAGCGCCUGCCAAUCAGGACGACAGUUUGCUCUGCGCAUCUUCAGCAAAGUGCGUCCCCCCGUGGGUGGGAUCUCUGUCAAGGAGCACUUUGAGGUGAACGUGGUGCCCCUCACGAUCCAGCUCAUGUACCAGUUCUUCAAAAGGAUGAUGGGAUUCUUCUUCCCGGGGAGGAACAUGGAGGAGGAGGAGGUGACCGAUGAGGAGGACAAGUUCCGACUUGUCACCACGGGUAUCCCUGUGAAGACUCGUCAGUCCUCCGAGGACACCAUGGGCCCAAUGGGUCCCAGUAAAAGCGUGACCCAGGGGAUGAACCGCAGUGCCGGCGUCAGGAGGUCCUUCAGGAAACCUCUUGAGCAUCCAGUUGAUGACAUCGACAAAAUGAAGGAGCGAGCAGCUAUGAACAACUCCUUCAUUUAUAUCAAGAUUCCUCAAGUGCCGCUUUGUGUCAGUUAUAAGGGAGAGAAGAGCAGCGUGGACUGGAAGGACCUCAACCUAGUGUUGCCUUGCUUGGAGUACCACAACAAUACCUGGACGUGGUUAGACUUUGCCAUGGCAGUCAAGAGAGACAGCCGCAAGGCUCUAGUGGCGCAGAUGAUCAAGGAGAAGCUGCGUCUUAAGCCGGCUGCCGGCGGCUCCGACCCGCGGGGUAAGACAUUGGACGGGAAGGCGGACUCAGGUGUCCAGCAACAGCAGGAGGAGGACGAGAAGGCUCGGCUUCUCAUCGGCCUCAGCGCCGCCGACAAGAACUCGGGCAAGAAGAGCAUCUUUAGUCGACGCAAAUGA